CAGGACGACGCGACGAGGCUCCGGGGGUGCAACCAGGACGACGCGACGAGGCUCUGGGGGUGCAACCAAGACUACUAGAACCAUGACUAGGAUGCCAACUGAGAAGACUGAAACCAGUGCUGGGGAGAUAACAAAGGCCCCUACAUCUGUUGUCUGCAGAGCUUCUAGUAUGGUGUUGGAGCUGCCUAAGGAACCUCUAAAACGUGUCCUGUUUCUAGAUAAAUCCAACCAGUGGGUAGCUGUCAUUGAUGCUCACAAGUACUGCAACUACACCUUGUCUCAGGGAAUCGGAAGGAACUUCUUCAUAACACCCUACACAGCCUGUGAUGUCAGGAUACUGAAUAAAAACUAUGUUUUGAAACUAUGGUAUCUGACAACUGGUGGAGAAAAAGGGUAUGUGCUGAUGAAAUGUCCCACCAGUGCUGGAGAACCAACAGAGGCCCCUACACCUACAACCACCACUAGGAAGCCAACAGAACCAGUGCCUAUUGCAACUACUAUCUGCAGAGCCUCUACCAUGAUGGUGGUGCUCCCUCCGGGACCCCUGGAAGAAGUCUUACUAAUAGCUCAAUCCAAUAAGCUGGUUCCUGUCAAAGAUGCCCCCAAGUACUGCAACUAUAGUCUGGUAGAGAGUGAAGGAAGGAACAUCUUCAUAACCCCCUACACAACCUGUAAUGUUAAAAUAUUGAAUAAGAAUUAUGUCCUGACCCUACACUAUACCACCACUGAGGGGGUGUUUGGCUAUGUGGGCAUGAAAUGUCCAACCAGCGCAGCCCUACCAACAAGAUCUCCACUCCCUCCCUUUGGGGUGUCUGUCAUCUGCAGUGAUACUUGUAUGACAGUGGAGCUUCCUGGGGGGCUUCUGGAAGAUAUCCAAUUAAUGGAUGAAUCCAAUAACUUGGUAGCUGUUGCCAGUGCUCCCAAGACUUGUGGCUACAGUUUGGUGAGAGGGAACGACAAGAACUUCUUGACUGCCCCCUACAAUGCCUGUAAUGUCAAGAUACUGAACAACUUCUAUAUCCUGAGAGUCCUUUACACCACUCUUACUGGGCAGCAUGGAGAUAUACAUGCCAAGUGUCCUGUUCCUGGUCUAGUACCACGUGAGGGUUGCAAGAUACCAAGAAGUCAGCAGGUUGCUUGUGGUCCACCUAAUGCUGAUCCACAACUCUGUGUGGCCAAUGGAUGUUGUGUGGAUUGCACAACUUCCCAGUGUUACUAUCCUUUGGAUGCAUGCACAGCAGAUGGGCAUUUUGUAUUUGCAGUUUACCGCACCUCAACCAAGCCUGAAAUAGAUCCUGGUAGUCUAGUAAUUGUAGGAAACCAAUCCUGUGCCCCUGUAAUCUGUACUCCAGACUUUGCUAUCUUCAAAUUCCCAGUGACUGGCUGUGGGACACAUGUCUUUAUGGUGGCAGAGACUACAAUCUAUCUUGCUGAAGUUCAUGGCAUGGUUCGAGGGACUGGGCAGGUGUAUGGAGAAAUUACCAGAGACAGCUCUUACCGUCUCCAGGUGGAAUGUCGCUAUUCUAAAGGAAGUUUGGCCAGCACUGGUUACUUGGUGGUGAACCCACUGCCUCCAUCAGCAGCCUUGGCUUUUGGCUCACUUGGGGUUAGGUUAAGGAUUGCCACAGACGCCAGCUACACAACUUUCCACCCACUGUCCCAUCUGCCCCUGAGCUUCUUGCUUGGAAGCAAGGUGUAUUUGGAAGUGCAGCUUAUGAACCCUCCUGACCCCAAUGUAGUUCUGCUGGUCCACUACUGCAUCGCCUAUCCCCAGUCCUCUCAAGCUGCCUGGGUGAUCCUCUAUGAAGGUUGUCCAAACAUCCUGGAUUACAGCAGUGCUGCUGGCCUCCAUGUCGAAUACGAUAACAUGCCUGUAUCCAAGCACACUCGACGCUUUGAAAUACAAGGCUUCCAGUUCCUGGACUACAAGACCAAGCAGCAUUUGGAUGAGGAUAUCUAUUUUAUGUGUUCAACUGAAGUGUGUUCCCCAAAACGCAGUGUUUGUAAUGAAGGAUGCUUUGAUGGGAGAGAUAUGCCUGUUCCAGUAGAUCUUGGUGUGGGAGGGCGCUGUGCAGGAAAGCCUUGUCCUGGGAAUGUAGUCAAGCGAGCUGCUCAUGGCGAAGGAACCUUCAUUUUGGAUGAGAAUGUGCCUCAUGAACAAACGGAGAAGCACUGGACGCACUUCCAUGGUCUCCUGGGGCUGCUUGGUUUGCUGGUCCCGGUAUCUGUUGUAAUACUCUUCCUCAAGAAAUGGGUUGUCUGGAAAUUGUCAGAUCCUGGAGAAGCAGUCUAACUUGAAUAAACAUAACUUGUUUGAAA